CGACCCAUCCAAGUUCUCGAUCAGUGCUCAGAUCGAGAUCCUGAUCUGCCUCACCGUCGCCCACGUUGAUCGCCGUCUUGUUGUAUCUUCGGGGGCCAAGCUGAAAGUCGCCCCGGCGGCGUGAUCCUGCACCUCGGGAAACCCACCCUUCAACACAUCAAUUAACGGAGGGAGAAGCCCCUAACCAUACAAUGGACGAAAUUAGGGUUCGCAAGGCGGAGAGAACCGUCGGAGUGGAGAAAUAGACAAAGUUCCCUUUUUUCGUCCUGGUCAUGUUCCUGAAAGAAAUUAAUGCCUCUUCGAUUUCGAACACUUGUGCACUCUUCAGCUUGGCUAGGAGCGCUUCCUCCACUAGGUCAAGUACUGUUUCGUCGGCCUCCGAUGAGGAUGAAGCGGAACGGGAGGAGUAGCAUAUGGGUUGGGUUGGUAAUUAGAUCGGGAUCGACGAACUGGACGAGCAGGGUGGAGCUACUAGCGGAUUCCUCCGAGCUCGUUGAGACGCGAGUUACGGUUGCUUUCCCUGUUUCAAUUGUUCUGUUCACCAAUUGGGGCUCCCUUGUUUUGCAGAUUUGGUUUUCCCUAUUUCAAUUGCUCUCAUGUUUUCCUUCAAAUUGGGUUUCCCCUGUCACAACUGGAGUUUGGAGUGGCUAUUGCACCAGUUGAGGAUAGCGAAUUUGAGAGCGAGAUUGGGGAUUACGACGUUGGAGAAAUCAGGGAUGAAGGACCUGUUGUCGUCGCUGCCGGAGAGAACAGGGGAGAAGCCAAGGGAGUGGCAGGCUUGAAGGCAGACUUAGUCGAAGGUGUGACCGGCGGAGACAAUGACCAGGUCGGUCAUCAGUGACCCGAAAAUGGAACAGAGAAACUCCGUUGGAACUUGGAAGAAUAACGACGGUAGGGGAGGUUUCAACGCGAAUGGAGUUGGAGUUGGAUGAUGGUGAUGCGGUCCAAGAGAGGGACCGGUGGGAGGAGAAGAUUCUCCAUUGCUGCUUGUGAGAUAAUCGUUGACGUGUUUUUACUUUUAAUAGUUUCUAAUUUCUUUUAUUUUUUUAAUAGUUAGAAAUGAGGUGAAUUAUUUAUUUAUUUUUUAAUUGACAUGUCAUACAUUUAACGGCCAACUUUUAGGGUUGACCGCCACAUAAGCAAAAGUUAACGGAAUUGGACGAAGAGUGACCAAACUUGAAUUGUUUUAUUAAAUCUAGUGACUAUGAAUAGAUUUAAAUAUUUCGAGUGAGCAAACAUGAACGUUUUUGUAAUCUCAGUGAUCAAUCUUGUAAUUAAACCCAUAAUCUUGAACAAACUAGUGUUGGAUGAAUUCGAGAUAAGUCAAACUGGACCCUGAUUCUAUGUUCUUAAUUAUUGAAGUGGACUGGGCCGAGAAGACUUGCCUUGUUACCAUGGGCCGAAAGGAAGAACCAAUCAAAAAGACCGUUGUCGCGACGGGCCGCCGAAAGGGCCGCCCGGCCUUCUCUCUCGCGCGGUGAAGAAGAAAAAUAAUUAAAUAAUAAAGGGAGAAAGGAGCGGUUAGCGGCAAGUAAUUGAAGAGUUUCCGCCACAUAAUAAGGAAAGUUGGAAGAGAGGAAGGCGUAUGCUCUGCCGCCGGAGCUCGGAGAGAAACAUCGUGCCGCCGAGCUUCCGUUGCUUUAACACCGCUCUUUGAUCAGGAGGAUUACCACUGAAAUUGAGAUCAAAUUUUUGCGCCUGAGUAUCAUCUGCUUCCAGUUCUGCUGUUUCGUUCUUCCUCCCUUUCACUUCUUCCACGUUUCCGCUGAUCGGAGUUCCUCAGAACUUCUCGUUUCCAUGUCUAAAAGGAUGUUGUGCAAGUUCUUUGCCCAUGGGGCAUGCUUGAAAGGGGAGAAUUGUGAAUAUUCCCAUGGCUGGAAAGAUCCUUCAAGCAAUAUUUGCACCUAUUAUCAGAAGGGGAAAUGCUAUUAUGGGAGUCGUUGCCGAUAUGAACAUGUUAAAGCUUCCAGGCCACAUUGUGCUGCUUCUUCUUCUUCAACUACUACUCUUCCUUCUGGGGGUGCAAGGCUUGGGCCUUUUGGUGUUACAAAAGUUCAAGGUUCGUCUUCAGAGCUCUCUCCUGGCAGCAGACCUUUCGUUCCAUCCAAUCAUCCACCAUGGCAUUUGGAAUCUGCGGACAAUGAGUUCGUUGAACCUGAUGUUUCCGUAGAGCUGCAAAAUUUGAAACCAUCAGAUCGUCCGCUUUGUUCUUAUGCUGCUGCCGCUGGAAAUUGCCCUAGAGGAGACCAGUGUCCACAUAUCUAUGGCGACUUGUGCCCCACCUGUGGGAACCAUUGUUUGCAUCCUUUCAGGCCUGAAGAAAGGGAGGAGCAUAUGAAGACUUGUGAGAAGAUGCAAAAGCACCUUGAUGCAUUGAAGCGCAGCCAAGAAAUAGAAUGUUGUGUGUGCUUGGAUAAAGUGCUGUUGAAGCCGGCGGUAGCACAAAGAAAGUUUGGUGUACUGUCUGAUUGUGAUCAUCCAUUCUGCAUAGCUUGUAUUAGGAAUUGGAGAAGCAGCUCACCAACCUCUGGAGUGGAACCUAGUUCUAUGUCGAGGACGUGCCCAGUAUGUCGCAAGCUAUCCUAUUUUGUGGUUCCCAGUGUGAUCUGGUAUUUCUCCCAAGAAGAGAAGAUGGAAAUCAUCGAGAACUACAAGGCAAAGCUUAGUUCAAUCGAUUGCAAACACUUCAAGUUUGGAAAUGGAAACUGCCCAUUUGGCUCCAGUUGCUUUUACAAGCAUCAUGUCAAGCCUGGCUCUUAUGUGUGGAAACAUCACAGACCACCUCCACGGAGGCCUUUUCCCCGCAACAUCAAUGCUGUGGAUUUUCCGGCAUUGUAUAUGCAGAGAAUGGCGGAUGAUGAUGAUGAUGAUGAUGAUGAUGAUCCGUGGGAUCCGGAAUUCCUUGAUUAUGAUGACUUCUGUGAUCCGUUUAAUAUGGAGUAUCUCGAUCCUGAAGAUUUGAACUUUUCGGAUGAUGAGGAUAGCUUGUCACCUUUCCAAAUGGCUUUAUUACUAGGCAACCUCGAUUCUGGAACCCCUGACUAUUCUAGUGACGAGUAGAGCUGUUAAGCUAUCUAUUAGGGAUGCCGUGCACAUUUUCAGUCGUUUGGAAUUUCGUUAGCGCAGCAAGAGUGAAGAUUCUGGCUGUUAAAACGAUCAAGUAUCGAGGCUCUGUGAACAUUUGACAGAGUUCUUCCAUUUUGUUAACUCACUGUGCUCAUACAUUUUUCUGAUAGUUAUACUGUCAGAAACACAUUUAUUUGUGGUUUUUAUUAUUAUAUUAGGUAGGAUAAUUAUAAUUAUGGUUAGUAGAGAUUUAGUCGUAUUAGGAUUAUUAUUAGGGUUUUCUAGUAUUUCCCUAUAAAUAUGUACUUUGGGUUUAUGUCAUAAUCAAUCAAUAACAAUAUUACGA